AUGUGGGUCUUGAGAGAUGGCAUUGUGGUGACUGGUACGUUGUCGUGCGUUAUUGCCAUCCUGGUGAAGUCAGUUUAUGGACUGUUCUACAUGUGUACAGACCUCAUGUACGUCAUCCUCUUCCCCCAACUCACCUGUGUUCUCUGGAUCGGGUUCACCAACACCUACGGCGCGCUCACCGGCUACGCUCUCAGCCUCUUUCUGAGAGUGGCAGCUGGGGACACCCUGCUAGGAAUACCAGUUCUUAUUCAAUUCCCCUUUUACACAGAAGCUGAUGGCCAAUUGUUCCCUUUCAAGACCCUAACGAUGAUAGUCAACUUUGUGGCCAUCAUAUCUGUGUCAGCGUUCACAAGGCUUGUGUUCCGGCGAGGGUGGCUGUCAACCAGAUGGGAUGUGUUUAAUGUGAUGACGAGAGAAGAGGACGCCAAGAGGGCCGAAGAGCGAGGAGAAAGUCUGAUGAUGAAGGAGCGAGAGGGUAGUAACAGAGACCCUGGUUACGAACAGAAUGAAAAGAUGAAACUUAGGGAUAGCCAUUUUCAAUAG